AUGUCAGAAGGUGCUGUGGAGUCAAAGGAGCCAAAAGAGCCAGUUAAGGUUGAAACAAAUGCAGAAAAGGCCGUAAAUCAGAAGACCACCGUAAGCUCAACUUCAGGUAAGGCUUUGACCAACAAAGAAUUGAAGGAGCUAAAGAAAAAGGAAAAGGCUGCCAAGCGGGCUGCAAAUAAGCAAUCCAUUGGUAUUUCUCUUGAAAAGCAGCAACAACAGGCUGCAGCCAAACGUGAAAAGAAGCAACAACAAAGAGAACUGUUAGCUGCUAAGAAGAAUAAGUCAGUUGAAGUCGUAAAGCACAAUGACAAAAAGUCCACUCUAUUCGGCCAUCUAGAGACAACUGAAGAAAGAAGAACUUCGUUACUAGCACUUUUGAGUGUUAUCACUUCUCUUGGCGCUUCAAAGAUUACAGCCAUGGGUUUGGUAUUGCCAAUGUUAUCUACUACUUUAGCAGCAGCAUCAUCUCAACCAACCUCAGGAUCACAAUUGAGUGCUGGUCUAUCUGGUAGUAACACAAACUUGCAAUCUUUGGCACAUAGUGAAGAUUAUGAAGCUCAACAAAUGCUAAACUCUUUGUCAUUGGACGAGUCAUCGACCCUUGUACCAGGAACUUCUUCCAUUAUACCAAAUACAAUAGCGUCCCAAUUUACCAGUCAACAGUCACUUGCAUCUGUGAAGGAAUUGAUUGCUAACCGUGAUAUGCUUCACCCUGCAAUAAGUUCUUUGACUUUAGAUUAUGCUCUAUACAAAAUUAUAGGGUCUAUUCCUCGUUGUAUCGCUAUGAUGGAAGCUUUCGAAGCAGUUAUUAAGGAUUAUAAGACGCCGGAAGGGACUACACUCUCACGUAAUUUGACCAGUUAUUUAUCUCACCAGAUAGACUUUUUAAAGAAGUCGAGACCUUUGAGUGUGACCAUGGGUAAUGCCAUCAGAUGGUUAAAGCAAGAGAUAUCUUUGAUUGAUCCUUCCACAUCGGACUCUAAAGCAAAGGAAGAAUUAUGUGACAAGAUUGCUCUAUUUGCACGUGAAAAGGUAGAACUGGCUGAUCAAUUAAUUAUUGAAACUGCCUCGCAACACAUUGAAGAGGGUAGUACAAUUUUAACCUACGGUUGUUCUAAAGUUUUAACCGAUUUAUUCUUACAUAACGCUAUCAACCUCGGUAAAAAGUUCCAAAUUGUGAUUGUUGACAGCAGGCCAUUAUUCGAGGGUCGUAAGAUGGCGGAGUCUUUAAAGAAUCACGGAUUAGAUGUUUUGUACGUUCCUAUUACAGCUUUAGGGACUGUGUUCAAUAUGGAUAUCAAAUACGUUUUCCUUGGUGCACAUUCCAUCUUAUCUAAUGGGUUCUUAUACUCUAGAGUUGGAACUGCUCAGAUCGCCAUGCUAGCUAACAGAAGAAAUAUCCCAGUUCUUGUUUGUUGCGAGUCCUUAAAAUUCUCUCAAAGAGUGCAGCUUGAUAGUGUCACUUCUAAUGAACUCGCUGAUCCAAACGACUUGGUCAUUAUUGAUUCUGCUAAUCCUGUACAGAGACAUAGUAACCAGGGAUUCUUAUUGCAACAAUUUAUCAAAGAGCGUGAAUCAGUUCAAAAGGAGGUAGAAAAUAACACAAAGCAAAAGAAUAAAUCAGGAAGUGGUUCGGCUAACACAGAAUCUGUUGACGAUACAAAGAGCAAUAAGCAUAAGCCGAUACUAGCUGACUGGGAAAAACAACCAAACUUAAACAUCUUCAAUAUCAUGUACGACCUUACACCACCAGACUAUAUCAAGAAGAUCAUUACUGAGUUCGGUUCCUUACCUCCAUCAUCUGUGCCAGUUGUUCUUAGAGAAUAUAAAGGUUCUGCCUAA